UCUUGGCCCAAGACUAUGGUGCUUGAUUCUGGACCAGAAUCAAGCACCAUAGUCUUGGGCCAAGACUAGUCGACUCCCGGCGCGGCCCCGACAGUGUGAAGUUGGUUUGUCGACGAUUUAUUGUUGUAUGGUGGCCAUAGACAUGGCAGCAAACAGUCGUACACCAGCGCCGAGCAGAGGAGGAGUGCCAGUAAACAGUCGUAUGUACAACAAACUAGCAAAAUGGCGACUAACUGUUUUUUUUGCAAAAGAACAAACUUCCUAAUUAAACAUAAGAUCAAAUCAAUUCUAACACAAGAGAGUGCGAUCAAUUGUCUUAAUUUGACAAAUCUCGAAUUUGAAGAAGGUAUCAUGUGCCCAGAAUGCAGAAAAGUGGUAUAUUUCUACGGAAGAAAAAUUAAAAAAAAAAGAAAAAAAAGUAUUGGGUUUGUAAACUUUGUGGUUAGGAUAAUGAUUAAACCAAAUACGAAGAUCGACUUUCAAAACGGAAUUCCCAAGAAUCUAACAGACUCCACCACACAGCAGCCACACAGCCAUGAAGGAGAAGGAGGAGAAGGAGAAUCAAGGGAACCUGUUCAUGGUGACUUGUCACCAACAUGGGACGGCAUUUCUGAAUAUGAUCCUGAGCAUGAUGAAGAAGUUGCAAGGAUGGAGGUAGACGAGGAGCCCAAACCCAAGGUGCAGAGAAGUUCCCUCAAGGAAGUACUCAUCACUUACAUAAAAAAUGCUCAUUACGACAAGGCUGUAGCUUGUAUGUAUAAGCUUCGUGGUGGGCGGAAGGCAAUUCAUAAAUUUGUGCAAAAACAAAUACAUCAAGAGUUUGUCGAAGUCGGAAGACCCCCAAAGCGGAUAUUGCCACUAACUUCUGAAGUUACCGUGGAGAAUUUAAAGAAGUUUAAGUGGUCAAAUGUUAUGGAGGAGGUGACCACCAAGAUGCCAUUUACGACGACAACCCUUACGGGUAUGAUGCCCUCAUUGUCCACAUUGAUGCACCAACAUGAACGACGCAAAACAGGAAAAGCAAGCCGGCCGCGUUUAACUAACAAAGAAGCCAAAAAAAAAUGGAACUUGAAAGCCGGAGUCACUGUUGCUAUGAUGCUGUAUGCGAACAGCCAUCAGAUUUACAAGUUCUGGCCGGCCGUUGUUGGAAUUGAAAUGAGGCGUGAAAAGAGUUCAUUGAAGAUGUUUGAUUUGUUUCAUCGCAUUGGGUUAAGCCAGAACAUCCAUGCGGUAAGAGCCCAUGUUGACAAUCUUAGUAAAGUGCACUACGAUGAAGAAAUUGACUGGAAACACGUUUUCAAGGGUGUCUUCAGCCAACGCAGAACAUCAACACUAGGUGAUGAUGAUCCACCCUUACCAGACACAGUGCCGGUAAAUACAGAGAGCUAGCUAGCCCUAUCCAGUGCCGUUGCGACAACUGACUAAUAGAAGCCAUUUUGUGUCCCGGCCCUACAACCUCAUGGGCAAUACGAGGUGCCAGACUAGUCUGCCUGCUGGGUUGUGCUGCAUUUGAUUGUGCAUUUGGAGACUAAUAAUUUGUACACAGCAACCAUGAACUGGUCCCUCUAUUGUUGUAACUCGAUACACAGCUCUGGCCAUAUUGAGGCAGGAGUGAAGUAAUCAAGAUUCUCAAUUUAGGGCCCAAUUUCAUAAAGCCUGUAAGCAAAAAAACUUUGCUAAGCACAGAAAAUUUUGCUUCACAGAAACAGGUAACCUGCCAAAAUUACGUUAAGAUUACAUUGUUAUGAUUAAUUUGACUUGUGCUCCUCUCAAUGUUUGCCUAGCAAAGAAAUUUGCUAAGCAGUAUUUUUUGCUAAACAGUCUUAUGAAACUCGGCCAUGCCACGUCCCCCCCCAAACAUGCCAAAGUAACUGACCAAAUAUUUUAGUGGAAAAUUACUUCUUUCUCAAAAACUACAUUACUUCAGAGGGAGCCGUUUCCACUAUGU